CCCUUUUUUUUUUAAUGAUACAAUAACGUUUUGCAUAACUUUUUCUCCCUUCUCGAGUGUUGCCUGACGGCAGCGCGCAUGCGCGCCCCUCCUCUCGCUCGCUUGUCACCAUUUUUCUUCUGGUUGGGAAUGUGUCACCGGUGACGUCAAUCAGCCGCCUCUGACCAAUUAGAGCGCGGCCCGAUUGUUUGGCUCCGCGGGCUGCGAGCGCCCACCGCGAGCCGCUAUUCUCUAUCAAAUGCGUCCUGCUGCCCAGCGAAUGUAGCCCCGCCGCUACAUACAACUUUAGAAAGUUUUUUUUAGUAUUUCGGAAUUGCGAUUAAAACACGUUUGUCAUCAUUAUUGUUUUGCCCGCUGUCAAGUGCAAUAAUAAUAAUAACAAUAAUAAAAAGAUUAAAGGAGGAAUGAGCACCGAUGCGCUGAGAAGCCCCGCGAUGGACCCUGCCUUCCCCAAACGGAAUGUGGCGCUGAGAUUAGUUGAUUUGGCGGGGGCUCACCACCACCGCCGCCACCACCAUCAUCAUCACCGCCACCCUGCCCCUCCGAGCGUGACAGGCUUCCCGGGGUUCGGCAGCCAUCCGCACUCAAUGGCUCACGCGCACCCCGGGGAGAUGACUGCGGAACCCUGCCUGGGGCCGAGUCCAUUCGGGCCAGAACACAUGGGGCACUCGGCGGCCCUCAAAAUCAGCCCAGCCCAUCAUUAUCACCAGCAGCACCAGCCUCAGCACAAUCAUCACAUGGCAGGCCACAGUCAAGUGGUCUCCAGUCAAACGGGAGCUUUCGGGGCGACGCCGGUGCCCUACGCGGGUAUGACGCACCCGGCUGAGGCGCUGACCGCAGGUAGGGACUUCCUCCGCGCCAUGCCGGGGCUGGCCGACCAUCAUCACCACCACCACCAGCAGCAGCAGCAGCAGCAGCACACUGCCGCCGCCGCUUCUCACCACGGAAUGUUUGUCUCGACAACAGGUAGCUACCCCGCGCACUACGGCCACGACGCCGGCAACCAUGCGCUCUUUUCCGGGCUGCACCAAGAGCAGCCUCCGGGCGGCCAACUCCGCUUGGGACUACCGGGGGACGUGUACGUGCGCUCGGAGCACUUGGCGGCGGGCACCCGAGCCGAUGCAUUUUACGGGGGGCUUAAUCUGAAUCUGGGCGCGCACCACCACCCGCACGCGCACCAGCACUCUCCUCACGGAAGCGGCGCAUUUUUCCGCUACAUGCGGCAACCCAUCAAGCAGGAGCUGAUCUGCAAGUGGCUGGAGCCGGGAGAAAAGCGCUGCGCACGCACUUACGGCACUAUGCACGAGCUGGUCACGCACGUCACCGUGGAGCACGUCGGCGGGCCCGAACAGGCCAACCAUAUCUGCUUCUGGGAAGAGUGUCCGCGCGAGGGCAAACCCUUCAAGGCCAAGUACAAGCUGGUCAACCACAUCCGCGUCCACACGGGCGAGAAGCCCUUCCCGUGCCCCUUUCCCGGCUGCGGGAAAGUCUUUGCGCGCUCGGAAAACCUCAAAAUCCACAAAAGGACGCACACAGGUGAGAAGCCGUUCAAGUGCGAAUUCGCUGGCUGCGACCGGCGCUUCGCGAACAGCAGCGACCGCAAAAAGCACUCGCACGUGCACACGUCCGACAAGCCGUACAACUGCAAAGUGCGUGGCUGCGACAAAUCCUACACUCACCCGAGCUCGCUGCGCAAACACAUGAAGGUGCACUGCAAGUCCCCUCCGCCGCCCAGCUCCGGCUACGAGUCGUCCACGACGUCCCUCGUGUCUCCCUCCUCCGACCAGGGCCGCGAGCCGCCGGCGCCGCCGCCGGGAGGCGCGCCUGGCCCUGGCACCGCCUCCGCCCCCUCCUCGCACCCGGCCAACCUGAGCGAGUGGUACGUGUGCCACAGCUCCGGGGCCAGCGGGGUCCACAGUGGACCCUCCACGCCUGAAUCGGCCACCGAGGAGGACGAGCCCUCAUACAGGGACCGGGACUUGAGGGACAACUUCUAGACUCGCUGCCAAAAAAA